AUCAUAUUAACCAUUUUAAUGGGGAUUGUCGUAAUGAAAUGCUUUCUAGUGGUUCUUGGUAUAUCAAGAUUAAAUAUACUUGAAGUUCAAGCAUGUGAGAAUAUAUCUUGUUUCAUGUGGAGAAAAACAGGCAUACAGAUAUCUAUGUCGUGUUAUAUUAAAAAUGUGUAUUCAUCUAUACUUAUACUUGAUCCCUAUAACACGACGCAAGCAAAUUGUUCAGCAUUUAACAACACAUUUGUCUGUGAUGCACUGCCGGAAAUUGGCGCAUACUUCAAUUCUUUAAAAAAUGAAACAGUUUUACAAUGGGAUAUAUCACAUGAAUUGACAACUGGCAAAUGGUUGUGCAUUCAUGGUGUAGAUAUAAUCGAAUUGUACAUAAACCCAACAAAAGGCUCACACUUAUCUAUCAAAAUAGGCAUGAAAACAGAAAUACAGAUAAAAAACGACACGUAUUUAUUUACUUUCGAAUGUAGUUCUUGCCUUACACCUUACGGCAAUUCUGUUGAGUUCAUAUUAAAUAACAAUAUUCUGGAUGUACUUCGAGAGAACAACAGGAAAUGUUAUCAUAAAUCGGGGGAAUGCAAUUACAAAACUUGUGUAUGCUGUAAAGAUUCUAAUAGAUAUGUUUUGAAAUAUGAACUGCCGACAAAGACACAGAUAAGUUCGUCUGGGUGUAGGAUGAGAUUUAACGAUGAAAACCAGCAAGGCCUCGUGGUAAAAGAAGUACUUUUACAAUUCAACGAUCUUGAAAGACACAAUUUAUCGCUGUUAAUCUCCCGUGGAAAUGGAACUUACAUAGGAUUUAAAGAGUCAGAGAUCAUAUCAACAAUAAAAAAAUCAACAAAAGAGACAACAGAAAAAAUUGAAACUGCACCACCAAACAAGAGUUUUUCAAAUUUGUAUUUUGAUUUUGAAAGAUCACACAUUAGUCCGAAAGGCCAUAAGGAAUUAAGCUAUACUCAUGAUUUUAGAGAUAUAUUUACCAGACUAGCAGUUGGGUUUGCAAUUGUAAUAUUCAUCGUGGCAUUGGCAUGUUGUUGUGUAACAUAGGAAUGCAAGAGAACAUCGAAUAUUAUAGUAAAUCUAAAAGACAUCGAGAUGAAUCUCAAGGAAGAUACUGAGAAACUAAACAAUCUCAGGUAAACUCAAUGUGAAAGGCAAAAACACAGACGGAAAAGCUACGUCCUUUGAAAAUGGAGGGGAUUCAAUGAAAGCGCGUGUAGAAAACCAAAUAGGCGAAUAUCACUUAGGAAGAUAGUUUUCUCUACCAAACAAUAGUGUAAACCAAAUAAUAUUCGCCAGCAAUUUAUUUCCAUAACGCGAACAUAAAUCAUAAACAAAUGUUUCAAACGUGCAUAAAGGUUUAAAAUCGCGAAAUUUAUUGGACCAAUAGUUGGCGGGAAAGGGAUAAACUUUAAAAAGGUAUGUAUCUUUCUGUCAAUAAACGCAAAGGCCUUCAGUUGAUUAACAAUGAAUACACACAAAAAAAGAACAUUACGUCGGACCAUGAUACUUAGAAUUUUGGAAAUAACCUGUAGAGAAAAAAAUGCCACAACAGUUUUCAAAAGAUACAAGCAUUAAUUAAAUGGAUUCCGGGUAAAAGGAGAACAACUGUUUAAAAUGAAUAUUCAUCAACUGCAGUUACAUUUUUCUCAAUAAGAUUGGUAUGCAUUAUGCAUGUCCUUUGCAAUCUGUUCAUUUAUCUGUUUUCUUAAUUUAUUCAUAUAGAUUUUUAAUAUAUUAAGUAAUGAAACUAAUACUACCGAAAUUGAUACUAAACCAUGGCAAGCAUAACAUGAGUCCAUUGAUCACAUGUGGGACAUUAUCGUGCAAAAAAUUAAUCAGUGAGAACCCAGAUGUACAACACUUGCUGAACCGAUAAAUGGCUUGAUUCAGGAAUGGCAGAUGUUCCAACAAUUUUAACUCUGACGUCUUGCUAUGGGAAUGAGAAGACGUUUAAAUAAUUUGCACCGAAAAUGAUGAUGGUAUAUCCCAAAAGGCUUUAGGUAUUUUAAACGACAUUACAUAUGGGAAUAUUUAGCUUAAGGAACAAAGCCGUGUUGCUAAUGCAUUUAAAAAUAUGAAAAUGAAAUGCACAUUGAUACUUUUCAUUGGUAUUUUAUUGCCGUUUUUUCUACUGUAAUAAAAAUAGUCAUAUAGUUUACCCAACAUAUGGUUCAGUCUUGUUCCUUGGUAUUAAUACCAAUUGUGAUCUAGGUUUUCACUAAAUAUCAAUAGAUUUAUAAGUUUAUGAUUUGGAUUGAUCCAUGUUGUUUAAUACUAACGUUUCUUAUUCUAAAAUGAAGCUUUGCUGAAAACCCAGGUGGUUAUUAACUUUUUUCAGAGUGUUAAAAUAUAAUGCGAUUUUGUAACUUUUAGUUUUUGUUGUUGUUGUACUUGGUUAUACUGCCUUUUUAUUCAUAUUCAUAAUGUAAAUGUACACCAUUUUUAUACAUUUUAACAUCAAAUGAAAUAUUUUUAUUUAAACGAUUUACACAAUGUUGCUCUUGUACAUCGUUACAUCUAAGCUCAUAAAAACAAACAUAUCGUACCAAUUUUGUAACUAACAAGCUGAAACCUCAAAAUGUUUGAAUUCGAAUGAAACAUAUAAACCAUGCACAUAUAUAUGUUAUAUAUGUAAUGAUAAUUUUGCUGCACCUACACAUACGUUAUUUUUCCCAGUAAACUUUACCUUUAAAAACUUACAAAAAUGCAUUUCGAAGGUGUUAGAUUUCUUGCAUGAACCUUAUAAGAAGGAAUACAAGUUGAAUGACAGAAAUGUAUUUAGUAGUGUGUAGAUUUCUUCCAUUAAAAUAAACGUAGGAUUAUGAGUUGCAUUCCUAAUAGCUACAAGAGUAUGACAGUCUUAAAAACAGACCAAGGCUUGGGGUAGCAAAAUAAUUAAUGUUCUUAUCUACUUCAUAUAUAAAAAAUGAAGAGCAACUCAAAUAGUGUUUACUGCUCGUAGCAAUUUGAAAAUGUUAGGUAAUCAAAUGUUUGAUAGUACGAAAUAAUGAAAAUGACAUGCAUCCGAAGCGCUUUUCUGGAUUUUCUUUCAUCGGGAACGCUCAAACCCAAAUAUUUGAAAGUCAAGAAUGUAUAAGAACCAAAACAGUUGAAGAGCUAUAUGACCAAAAAGGACCUAAACAGGUUUUUUGUAUUUUCAAUAAAUAUGAGGUCUCCCAAAAAAAUUAUCAAAAUUCAAUACCAUUUUUUUGUGGCAACUACAUGCUUCAAAAUUAUUUAUGUCAAAAUAAUCCUAAAAAAUGGAUAAAGGAAUGCCAAUUUAAAAAGGAACAUUAAUUGAACAGAAACAGAAUAAAGGAGACAAACAAUCAGCAGAGAUUAUCAAGUUCUCAAAUCGAUAUCAUUUUCUUAAGUGACGACUAAUUUUUUUAUUCCUUUUCACCGAAAUUGGUAUAUUGCAGGAAAAGUAAAAAUGAUAAAAUUAUUCUAAUUCAAGAUAAUGAUCAACAUCUUCUGAGUACUCUUCUAUUUCAUCCUCCUUAACACUUGUCUCGGUUCUGCUUGAAACUUCUGGUUCUAAGUAAUAUUCCUCAAUUUCUUCGUAGGUAGAAGUCUCGUUGUAAAUAUUUACAUUGUUGAUCUGUCCAGGUGCAGCAAGAUAUCUGUGAUGUAUGAUUUUAUUAGUUUAAUACGUGUUAUAUUGGAAUUACUAACCGUAAAAUUUAACAGUUUUACAGAUAAUAUGUUUUUAGAAAAAAAUCUAUUUGUAUUAUGUUGACACCGGCAACAUAUUUGCAUUAUAUGGGCAUGAUGGUUAUUAGAAUUUGUCUGAUAUUUUUAAUUAUGCUAUGUGAAAGCGUUUCAGAUGACGUUUGUAAGUAACAUAUUUUGUAAAAAAAAAGUAUUCUAUUCAGAAAUAAACAGAAAUAAACACAAAAUACUUUCUU